CCGGCCCGGCCCACCGCCGCCUCUCCCCUCGGCACCGGACAGCGGCGGGCCCGAGCGCGGAGGGCAGAGGACUCGGCGCCCGCCAGCUGCGGCCGCAUGAGGCCCCCGCGCGGCCAGCCCUUCUGGCUGCUGUUCCUGCUCGCAGCCGCCUGCGCGGGGAUCCUCCUCGCCCUGUACUCCUCGCCGGCGGAGCGGUUCCCGGGGUCCCUGUCCCCGGCCAGGGACAUCCCGCCUCACCGAGCAUUCUUUCAAUCCAAGACAUGGAAUUCUGGGAGCACAAAGAGCCGGCCCUGCCCACACCCGCUUGACCUGGCCAUUCUGAGGCACCACCGCUUCCGGAGACUGUUCGAUCUCUCCACUCCAGUGCUGCUGUGGGGGGGCCUCUUCACCCCAGAACUCUGGGACAACCUGAGCCAGCAGAAAGGCCCCUACGGCUGGCAGGGACUCUCACAACAAACCAUUGCCUCUACCCUGAGCCUUCUGAACAGCUCAGAGAAUGAAAAGCUGUUUGCUCCUACUGGGGGGUCGUCCCCAGACUGCAUUCGAUGUGCUGUGGUGGGUAAUGGAGGCAUUCUGAACGGGUCCCGUCAGGGUCUGGAAAUUGACGCCCAUGACUACGUGUUCAGACUCAAUGGAGCAGUGAUCAAAGGCUUUGAGCAAGAUGUGGGCACCAAGACUUCCUUCUAUGGUUUCACUGUGAACACCAUGAAGAACUCCCUCAUUGCCUACUGGAAUCUGGGCUUCACCUCCGUGCCACAAGGACAGGACCUACGCUACAUCUUCAUCCCCUCAAGCAUCCGUGACUACCUGAUGCUAAGAUCAGCCAUUCUGGGUGUGUCUGUCCCUGAGGGCCCUGAUAAAGGGGACAGGCCUCACACCUAUUUUGGACCGGAAGCCUCUGCCAGUAAAUUCAAGCUGCUGCAUCCAGAGUUCAUCAGCUACCUGACAAAGAGGUUUUUGAAAUCAAAAUUGAUUAACACAGACUUUGGAGACCUAUAUAUGCCCAGUACUGGGGCCCUCAUGCUGCUGACAGCUUUGCAUACUUGUGAUCAGGUCAGUGCCUAUGGAUUCAUCACAAGGAACUACUGGAAAUAUUCUGACCACUAUUUCGAACGAAAAAAGAAGCCAUUGAUUUUCUAUGCGAACCACGACCUGCCCCUGGAAGCUGUCCUGUGGAGGGACCUGCACAAGGCUGGUAUCCUCUGGUUGUACCAGCGCUGACCCCAAAGCACAAAGCCUUUUGCUUCUUGCAGAAUUGUGGCCCUGGUCCCAAGUGGCCAAAAGCCUUUUUCUUUUCAACCUUUGAGAGGGGCUUCACUCCCCUUGGCCCUCUCCUUCCCAGCAAGAGGGUACCGAGGUGGACUCAUAAUUGUCAUCAAAACUUGUUAAAAGCAGGGUACCCUUUCGUACCAUCAAAAAAACUCCCCUCUGGGUCUGAGACAGAUAUCCCCACUUUAGCAAGGGAGAGCAGACUGCUUUGCUGGACUUGUUCCAAAACUGAAGACAACACUCCCAACGUGAGACAGCGACCUCACCAACAAGGGGCAGGCACUUUGGAGCUAAGCAACUCAAGACAAGGUGGUAAGACUGAGGUCAAUGACACCACUCAGGACCCAUCAGUAACCAAGAUCAAGCCAGCCAUGCAGGCAAGCGCACGAUCCCCAGUCCCAACCUGCUCCCACUGGCAUGUCAACCCCAAACACCAAAGCCAACUAAGGACAUCUCUUGAGAACCUGAGAACACGUUUCUUCUGCCCCCUCAUAAAGUGGAAGAGCAAAAGGUGGAGUGUAACUUGAGACCAGAUUAACUGCAUAAAUGAUGAAUGACCA